CCUUUUGUCUCCUCAUUUAUCGUUAUGGAAAAUUGGUGGCUGCUGAUGAAGCGGCCUUUCCCACUUGGAAUGACACUGCCGAAAUUACCGAAACUUAUCUCUAUCAAUUUUACCAAAAUAAUUUGCCCCCUACCGUGCUUUAUACGGCAAAAAAAAUGCCGGAGAUUAAAUUAUUGGGAGAGGAAUUAGGAUUUAUUUGUAAAUCACCCCAACGCGGCCGCAAAAAAGAACAAGUCAACAAAAGGCAAGUAUUAACUGAAAUAGGCAAUUUUUUAUCCAUUCAACCCCUAAAUUAUAUUGAAUGCUUGGAUAUUUCUAACCUCUACAAACAAGAUAUAGUGGCCGGUUUUUUGGCUUUUAUUAAUGGAGAAAAAAAUCUCGCCCAAAGUAAAUUGUAUAAAUUAGAAAAUGAGGCGAACAAGAAUUCAGAAUUAGCGGAGCCACCAACCGAGGCAACAAGCGACUUAACCCGGAUAAAAAAGGCUU